AUGAAGAAACUCAGAAGAACCCAAGCCAACAAACUGGACGUGUUCAUCAAAGGCCACCUCCUGCCAUACAAGGAGUUUCGAAGGCAGGUCAAUGAAGCCAUUGACAUCAUCUGCACUUUCCUGAAGGAGACGUGCUUCCCAGAGGCCGCCCACCCUGUUCGGGUGUCCAAAGUUGUGAAGGGCGGCUCCUCAGGCAAAGGCACGACCCUCAAGGACCUCUCAGAUGCUGACCUCGUCGUCUUCCUCACCAAUCUCACAAGUUUUCAGGAGAACUUUAAGCACUGAGUAAGAUUCAUCAAGAAAAUUAGGAGACAGUUGGAAGCCUGUCAAAGAAAGAAAAUGUUUGAAGUGGAGUUUGAGGUCCAGAAGCGGCGAAAGAGGAAGUCACGUGCUCUCAGCUUCGUGCUCAGGUCCUCUUGGUUCUGCCAGGGGGUCAAGUUUGAUGUCCUGCCCGCCUUUGAUGCCCUGGCUAAGCACUCCCAGUCACAAGGUCAGGUGACUGAAGAUUACAAACCUGACCCUCAAAUCUACGUCCAGCUCAUCCAAGAGUGCGAGAAACUAAGGAGAGAGAGCGAGUUCUCCCCCUGCUUCACAGAGCUGCAGAGAGCCUUCCUGAAGGAGCGUCCGACCAAGCUGAAGAGCCUCAUCCGCCUGGUGAAGCACUGGUACCAACUGUGUAAGAAGAGACAUGGGAAAAAACUACCCUCACAGUAUGCCCUGGAGUUGCUGACUAUCUAUGCCUGGGAGCAGGAAGGCUCAAAAACAAAAUUCAGGACAGCUGAAGGAUUUCGGACUGUUUUGGAGUUAGUCCUGAAGCAUCAGGACCUCUGCAUCUACUGGAAAAAGUAUUAUGACUUUGAAAACCAUGUUAUUAGACAAUACCUGAGGAGACAACUUGAAAAACCCAGGCCUGUGAUUCUGGACCCGGCUGACCCAACUGGAAAUGCGGCUGGAAAUGUGAGCACGGAUAACACCUGCUGGCUACUGCUAAAACAAGAAGCUCAAAACUCGUUGCAUUCUCUCAGGGAGAAUGAGUCACCCGGACCAUCUUGGAAUGUUCUGCCUGCGCUGCUCUACAUAACCCCAGGCCAUCUGCUAGAUAAGUUCAUCAAGGACUUUCUCCAGCCCAACCAGACUUUCCAAGACCAGAUCAAGAAAGCUCUUAAAAUCAUCUGUUCAUUCCUUGAAGAAAAUUGCUUUCGACAUUCAACUACAAAGAUUCAAGUUAUCCAGGGGGGGUCGACUGCGAAAGGCACAGCUCUGAAGACUGGCUCUGAUGCCAGCCUCGUAGUGUUCGCAGACUCGCUGAAAAGCUACACUUCCCCCAAAAACGAGAGCUGCAACAUCAUCAAGGAAAUCCAUGAGCAGCUGGAAGCCUGUCAGCAGCAGAAGGAUUUUGAAGUGAAGUUUGAGAUUUCAAAAUGGAAGCCUCCCUGGGUGCUGAGCUUCACUCUGAAAUCCAAAGUCCUCAAUGAAAGUGUUGACUUUGAUGUGCUGCCUGCAUUUAAUGCCCUGGGUGAACUGAAGUCUGGCUCCACACCCAGCCCCAGGACCUAUGCUGAACUCAUCUAUUUGUAUAAACCUUCUGAUGUUUUCCUGGGGGGAGAGUUUUCUGCAUGUUUCACGAAGCUACAGCGCAAUUUUGUUCGCUCCCUGCCCCCAAAACUGAAGGAUUUAAUCCGCCUGGUGAAGCACUGGUACAAAGGGUGUGAAAGCAAGUUGAAGCAAAAGGUGUCUCUUCCCCCUAAGUACGCCUUGGAGCUGCUCACCAUCUACGCCUGGGAGAAGGGGAGUGGGGCACAGGAUUUUGACACAGCUGAAGGUUUCCGGACGGUCCUGGAGUUGGUCAUACAAUAUCAGCAUCUCUGUGUCUUCUGGAUGGUCAACUACAGUUUUGAUGAUGAGAUUCUGAGGAACUUCCUCCUGACCCAGAUCCAGAGAACCAGGCCUGUGAUCUUGGACCCAGCCGAUCCUACUGGCGACGUGGGUGGAGGGGACCGUUGGUGUUGGCAUCUUCUAGCGAAAGAAGCGACUGAAUGGUUGUCUUCUCUCUGCUUCAAAGAUAAGUCGGGAUGUCCCAUACAACCGUGGAAAGUGCCCAAAAAAGAAGAAAGUGUGACGAUGGAGCUCAGAAAUACCCCGGCCAGCUCUCUAGACAAGUUGAUCAAAGGCCACCUCCUGUCAAACACGGAGUUCCACAAGCAGGUCAAAAGAGCCAUCAAAAUCAUCUGCACUUUCCUGAAGAAGAGGUGUUUCCGAUUUCCCCCUCGCCCAGUUCGGGUGUCCAAAGUUGUGAAGGGCGGCUCCUCAGGCAAAGGCACGACCCUCAGGGGACGAUCAGAUGCUGACCUCGUCGUCUUCCUCACCAAUCUGACAAGUUUUCGGGAACACUUUGAGCGCCGAGGAGAAUUCAUCGAAGAAAUCAGGAGACAGCUGGAAGCCUGUCAGAGAGAGAAAAGAUUUGAAGUGGAGUUUGAGGUCCAGAAACAGCAGAAUCCCCGCGCUCUCAGCUUUGUGCUGAGGUCCCCCAAGCUCAACCAGGUGGUGGAGUUCGAUGUCCUGCCCGCCUUUGAUGCCCUGGGUCAGUUGACCAAAGGUUACCGACCUGACCCUCAAAUCUACGUCCGGCUCAUCCAAGAGUGCGAGAAACUGGGGGGAGAGGGCGAGUUCUCCCCUUGCUUCACAGAGCUGCAGAGAGCCUUCCUGAAGGAGCGUCUGCCCAUGCUGAAGAGCCUCAUCUGCCUGGUGAAGCACUGGUACCAACUGUGUAAGAUGAAGUAUGAGCAUAAGCUGCCCCCACAGUAUGCCCUGGAGCUACUGACCAUCUAUGCCUGGGAACAAGGAAGCUCCAAACCAAAAUUCAGCACAGCUCAGGGAUUUCGGACUGUUUUAGCAUUAAUCCUAAAGCAUCAGGACCUCUGCAUCUACUGGAAAAAGUAUUAUGACUUGGAAAACUCUACGAUUAGCCAAUACCUGAGGAGACAACUUGCUAAACCCAGGCCUGUGAUUCUUGACCCGGUUGACCCGACUGGAAAUGUGGCUGGUGGAGAGCCACAGAGGUGGCAGCUGCUGGCACAGGAGGUUACAGUCUGGCUCAAGUAUUCGUGCUGUGAGAACUUGGAUGGGAAGCCAGUGAGGACCUGGAAGGUGCCGGUGAGAACUCCUAAUUUCUUCUGUGACCUGAUACUGACGGCAUGUUGA